AUGGAACCUGCCACCACCACCAUGGAACUCGAAAAUAUAUCUCAAAAUACUGAAGCUGACCUUGGCAACGAGUUCUGGCAACCUGCCGACUUCAAAUCCAAAUACAAUCCCUUCACUGACAAGCACUAUGAGAAGGAUAUCUCGUUUUUCUUCUUCAAGCUCACAAGCUCUAACGCUGGGAUCAAUGACAUUGACCAAAAGAGGUUCUACCCUCUUGGAGAAGGCAGUCCAUGGAAAUGGAAAAUGCAGAAAUAUGGCCAAGAUAUGGUGUAUCAUGGCGAGCUGUUUGUCCCAGAAAAAUACUUCCUCCAGUGA